AUGUCCACCGACGCCGCUCACUCAGCAAAGGCCAAGCCCCUCUCCUACAUGGAGAAGCUUUCUGAUGAGGUCUUCUUCUAUAGACCUUCGACUAGUGACUCAGCCACUAGCGGAUCCAUACCACCAAAGCUCAUCAUUGUCGCCAGCUGGACCAAUGCGCUUGAUGCUCACAUCGCCAAAUAUGUCGACAAGCAUAAGCGGCUAUACCCAGUUGCGCAAAUUCUACUGGUCAAGAGCUUUAACAGGACCUUUUUUGACCCCAAGGCCCUCUCACGUUUCGUGAGACCGAUGGUGCCAGUAAUCAGGGCUGCGGUUCCUGAGGGUGCAUCCUCGACUACGCAGCCGAGCAUCUUGAUCCACAUCUUUUCCAACGGUGGCUCAUCAUCCAUCUCAGCCUUAUAUGAUGAGUAUUCUAUUUCCGCUCGCGGGGAUGAGGAUCCCUAUCUCCCGACUCAUGUCAUGAUCUUUGACUCAGCACCAGGUGCUCAAAGAGCUUCAACAACAUAUGCAUUCUUUGUUGUUGGUUUCUCCAAGCUUCAACGCCUUUUUCUAUCGCCACUUAUUUACAUCGCUGCAUUUUUCUGGCAGCUGAUUAGGAAUCUUGGUGCUACUAAGGAUUGGCUAGUCUACUGGGGUAAGACCCAUAACGAGGCAGAAGGCAAGAAGGAGCGUGAGCUUCGCAGGUCCUAUAUCUACAGCGACACGGACGAUCUUGUUCUACAUACUGACUUGGAGACUCAAGCCUCACAAGCUGUUGAGCUGGGUUUCAAUGUGCGGAUGGAAAGGUUCGAUGGUUCGAAACAUGUUGCUCAUGCUAGACAUGAUGAUGAGAGGUACUGGAGAAUUGUGCAAAGGACUUGGGAUGGCUUUUAA